UCUUCCCACUGACCAGACAGGCUCUAUCUUCCCAUGAAUCCUCCUCCGCUCGAGAAAAUAUUGCUUGUUCACCCAUCGACGUAAGUCCAUGCUAUUUGACGAAAUGAACGACCCAAACACAGUGUUCCAUUGAGUUCCGUUCAACAACUCCUGAAAAUGAGUGCGUGGAACGUCACUCAGCGUCUUCUCGGACCUUCCCGAUCAGGUCGUCUGGGUGGACUUGCCUUUCGUCGGGCUUAUUGGUGGGGUCACGACACGCUAGAAGAUCAAAAAACCCGAGAGAUAAUGAAGAAGGCCGCGAAUCAAGUGCUUCGUCCCGUGGAAACGGGCGUAGUCGAGCGCAAAUCGUCGAGUAUCAUUCCCGCUCGCGUAGUGGAUGAAGCCAGUACUUUGGUUCGGGAUGAUCGAUUCAGCUUUGUGCCUGGCCAAUUCUAUUCCAUUACGGCUCGGCCCAUUCUCCCUCGGUUCUUCGAUCGGGCUUAUUACAAGUAUGAGUUGAUCCGGAAGACCUACGUCCGAUUGGCUGAAUCGCAGUUGUUUAUCAAAUCGAGAUUCACGAGUCUGGGUUCGGAUCUGGGUGCGGCCCAUUUCUUGUGUUAUCGCAACUGCCGGGUUCGAUUCGUGGGACACGAUCAUUGGACCGAAUUGGACGGAGGUCAGUUGAUGAUACCCAAUUCGUAUCAGCCCGGUUGGUUCAUUGAGGCCAUUGAUGCUUCGCAAUCUCUGCUCGUUUAUGAAGGCUAUCAGAAUCUGCGGAAUUUGAUCCAUUUGCGUUAUUUGGAUGUGAGCUACACGCAACAUACGGAUGAUUGGACGGUAGAUCGGAUUACUACCGAGUACAUGGACUCACUGGAGUAUUUGGAUCUCUCGGGAUGCGGUGGUAUCAAUUUGUCUGGACUCGAGUGUUUGUGGCGGCUCCGGAAACUCAAGACAUUGGUCCUGUACGACAUGGAUCACGUAGAACAUCUGGGGUUAUUGUGCUUGUACUUGCUCGAACUAUAUCCGGAUCUGGACAUCCGAGGGGUGGAGUACAUUGAUGUCAAAUUACUAGAAGGCACGGAGCAUAGCUAUUUGCUCGAAGACUUAGAAGAUGAACUCUUGAAACUACCUGAAGUGCAAUCUUUGGCCUCAAAAUCGACACUAAAUAGCUCAGAAACAUCAGAGGCUUCCACGUUAAAGCAUCGUAAUGCCAAAUCGAAUUGAACAUAUUGUGUUAUUAUCUUGUUUAAUAUAAAUAUAUAAAAGCUUCUAAAUUUCA